AUGCACACUUCAGGCUUAGAUACUCUUGCUCAUGGCUCACAAUAUGCUAUCUCACAGCUUCACCAACAACAAGUGGACAUUCGUCAAAACUCACAGGGUCACAGAAAUGCUACUUCAAAACAUCGACAGCAUCCUUAUGCAAUGGGAAUUCCAGGAGGCAACGCUACAUCUGCCAGAGGGACCGGGAAUUCUGGACCAAUUCGAAGAAGAAUCAGCAGAGCUUGCGACCAGUGUAAUCAGCUCAGAACUAAAUGCGAUGGUCAAAGUCCCUGCGCUCAUUGUGUCGAAUUUGGACUAGGAUGCGAGUAUAUCCGUGAACGAAAAAAGCGAGGAAAAGCUUCCCGAAAAGAUCUUGCACAACAAGCCGCCGCCGCCGCCGCUGCCAAUGGACAAAAAUCACCUACUGAUCAAUCGUCCGAAGAGAGAUCGCCCGUGGAGUCCCGCAAUGAUCCAAGUUCCGCCAUUUCCUUGACAAACGAAAAUGUUGAAUUCCCACGACAUACACCAUCUAGGUCUUUAAGUCUUAACACAGCCGCCGUUGAAAAGCCUUCAGCUCGUGAAUUGAUGAAAGGAAGAAUUCGUGCUGGUAGUCUCGAAAGCCUCACAGAAGUACCAUCCCAAGGACAUUCGCCCCACGUUAGCCGCGCAGACGUCGAUCAAAUCGGGAGUCCUGGGUCCCUGAAUUUGCAUGGCUAUUCAAGCAUGCACGGUUACCGCUCUACCUUAAAUCCCCACAUGAUGAACGGCAGUGGCAGUCAUACAAACUUUAACACCUCGCAGACCGGUUAUUCAGAUCUACCCUAUGCUAUACAGGGCCAAAGCCCGCCUAAUUUUACGGGUAAUACCCAAGGUCAGUUUCGUUUAGCCGAAAGCCCUUUGACCGGUUUUCCUAUGGGCUCUGAGGCCCCUUCACCCGGUGGGUGGAUGUCAUUACCCUCUCCUUCAAACCAGUACCAACACGUGACACAUCAGAACUUCAAUGCACCUCUACGAUAUCCCGUGCUACAGCCAUUGGUACCUCACCUUGGCAGUAUCAUUCCCAUCCCUUUAGCUUGUGAUUUACUCGAAUUAUAUUUAGCAAGCUCGUCAUCAGCUUUGAUGCACCCUACCUCUCCUUAUAUUCUCGGAUACGUCUUUCGCAAACACUCGAUACUUAACCCUACGAAACCUCGGCAAUCCAGUCCAUCAUCCCGUGGACGAAUUUGUCAAAAAUUACUCGAACUCACUGUCGGUCUUCUUAAACCUCUCAUUCAUGGAACGUCCGGAAGCAAUGAAUCUGCUUCCAAUUUCUCUAAUACUGUCAUUAAUAUGGUGUGGCGGUUGGGUGGUCUUGGUGUAGCAAUGCCUGGUUCGGUAUCUACAGAUACACUGAAUGAAACAGGUGCUUUUGGUGCAGCUGGCACUCUUGACGAUGUUAUAACUUAUAUUCAUCUCGCUACUGUUGUUUCAGCUAGCGAGUACAAAGGAGCGAGCCUGCGUUGGUGGAAUGCGGCUUGGUCAUUAGCUCGUGAACUUAAAUUAGGAAGGGAAUUACCCCACCAUUCAGCACCCAUGGCUCCAGAACAACCAAAUGAAGGAGCCAAUGAUGUGGAUGCUGAUGGAGAAGAUGAUGAUGAAUUACCUCGAACUCCAGGGCCGAUAUCUGAAGAAGAGAGGGAAGAGAGAAGAAGGAUAUGGUGGCUUUGUUAUACAGUGGACAGGCACCUCGCGUUGUGUUACAACAGGCCACUCUUUCUGUUAGAUAUAGAAUGUGAUGGUCUUCUCCAGCCAAUGGAUGACGCAUUGUGGCAGGCUGGAGAAUACUAUACUGGUGAUUCAAGCAUUCAUAUUACUUCCCCUUCGGGCACUCAUCGUAUACGGAGGCACGGACCUAACUUUGAGUGUACUGGACAUAGUAUAUUCGGAUACUUCCUACCCCUCAUGACGAUUCUCGGCGAGAUCGUAGACCUCUACCACGCCAAAAACCAUCCUCGAUUUGGCAUUGGCUUUCGCUCUGCUCGCGAGUGGGAUGAUCAUGCUAACGAAAUCGCAAAACAACUCGAUGCCUAUGGCCAGAGUCUACGAGCCUUUGAAUUGGAGCAAAUUCCCCCCUUGCCAGAUGACCAAAAAGAUCAAAACAUGGAAGGAAACAAUUCAUCCUCUACACCAAACAAAUCUCUCGAACACAACGAUAUCGGCUCUCCUUCAGUUCAUUCAGUUCACACCGUAUCCUCCAGUCACGUCUCCGAAGCCAAUAUCCAAACACGGAUUGUGGUAGCUUACGGUACACAUGUCAUGCAUGUUCUUCACAUCUUACUAACGGGAAAAUGGGACCCGAUUUCUUUACUUGAUGAUAACGACCUAUGGAUCUCGUCGCAGAGUUUUAUCAACGCAACGGGACAUGCUGUUAGUGCAGCAGAAGCCAUAAACAAUAUAUUGGAAUACGAUCCCGGGUUGGAGUUUAUGCCGUUUUUCUUUGGUGUGUAUUUGUUGCAGGGUAGCUUUCUGUUGUUACUUAUCGCCGAUAAACUUCAGGUCGAAGCAUCACCCAGCGUAGUAAAAGCCUGUGAAACUAUCGUCCGAGCCCACGAAGCCUGUGUCGCGACGCUGAAUACAGAAUACCAGCGCAAUUUCCGCAAAGUAAUGCGCUCAGCACUCGCACAGGUGCGCGGCCGCAUCCCAGAAGACUUCAACGAGCAACAGUUGAAGCGGAGAGAAGUGCUCUCUCUAUAUCGCUGGACGGGCGAUGGAACGGGUCUAGCUUUAUGA